UUGAGAUUUGUACUAUUACCGGGGCCAGUUUUGCAAUGCUCUCCCCCGAAGGUGCUUCAAUUGUGACAAGGGUUAUUUACGGUAAGUCUAACGUUAACUGCACAUGGUGUCAGUGUGAAAUAGAAAAUAGUUUGCUACCCACCUGAUAUUCAUCACAUUACAUUCAUUUCUCAGACAAUUUUGUCCUAAGCAAGUUCUGAUAAUUGUACUAACAACACGAUAUGAUACAUUUGAUUUGACUAAAAGGCUGCUGUUGUAACUGCAGCUGAUGGGGGGGGGGAAGCAUGACCGCUCUCCUGUGGAUGCUCGCGCUGCUGCCUCGCGUGCUGCUGUCUCGCGUGCUGCCAGCUAUGAUUAAACUCCCCUCGCCUGUCAACAUAAACCUGACCUCAAGCCAUUUCAAACACGAGUUGAGAUGGGAGCCUGGACCAGGGACACCCACAGGAGUCUACUUCCAUGUUGCUGUAAGGACAGACAGGGGGACUCUCUGGGUGCCAGUGGCCGGCUGCCAGCAUGUCCAGUCCCCUCUGGUUUGCAACCUGACAAAGGCCUUCUCCGUCCGGGAUCAGAAGUACUUCACCAGGAUCUCAGCACUGCUGGACUCACAGCCAGCCACCGUUGUCAUACUCCCUGUAUUUGAGCCCAUCAAAAACACUACCCUGGACCUGCCCCUGCUGACUGUGACGCCCUGUGGCCAGGACCUGUGUGUGGACCCCCGGCCCCCCGUGGAGCACCUCAGGGCCUACUAUGAUAUUCGGCAUUACACACUCAGGAUCCAGAGCAACAAUGCAAACAACGCACAGUCAUUUAUGGACACCCAGUCUCUGGAACGAGUGAUUCUGAAGAAUCUGGCCUCUGGCAGACAGUACUGUGUGUCAGUCCGUGUCUCUGACGUUUGGGAGCAAAGGAAGUCCAACUACAGCCAGCCUGUGUGUGCUUUCACCCCCGCCCACUACACUGCAGACCCCUGGAUCUCUGCCUUCUUGAUUUUGUUUGUGAUAUGUGCUCUGGUGGUUUUGGCCCUGAUGCUCUACACUGGUUCCAUAUGUCUGAUCCAGAGACCCCUGCCAUCCAUCCUGAGGUCCAUCCAUCACAUAGAAGAAAGGACAGUCGUCCCCUCCUGCAACUCGUCCUUGUCUUCUCUCUUGAAUCUUGAACCAGCAGCGCCCCCUUCAGGUGAAAAGAGCAGCUGCCACAGCUCGGACGAGAGCGAUGAGGAGGAGAGUGUGACGGAGACGCCGCGGGGGGGCAGAGGAGGAGGGUAUCAAGUGAAAGGAGGCCCUAACCCCCUCUCUUCCUCCUCUUCAUCCUCUGGGUCUGCUCCUUUAUCCCCACAGCCCCUGCCAGGGCAAACAGUCUGCUAUAACCCCUCCCCUCCAGCAGAGACAUGUACCAGUGCUGGACUACAACCUGCCCCCCCCAGCCCCACAGACACACACUGCUCCACCAUAGGGACGAAGGUGGAGGGAGGGGGGGGCAGCCAGGAAGUGAACCUCCUCACAUUGACUUUCGGCAUCCACGGGGAGGGGGAGGAAGAGAAAUCACAUUUUGACAAGGUAGAAGUGAAGCCAGAGGUGGAGGCACAAGCUGCGGACACCUGGGAAGUUCCCAUAGAAACUGUUUCCUACCCUGGUGAUGAAGAUGAGGAGGAAGAGGAGGAGGAGGAGGAGGAUGAGCAGACUGGGUAUACGCUGCGGUGAUGGUCCUGGGGUUUCCCAGCAGGAAGUAACUGGGUUUCAUUUAUUUGUAUAAUUUCAUAAUGUGUUAGCAGCGGUGUAACUGCAGGUCAGGCAGCAGCAGACUCUGAGGCUGAGAGCAGCUAUCAUCCCCUCCUCUGGGUUUUCACUUUUUUUAAUUCAUUGUUUGAAUCGGUCAGGUGGCAUGCUUCAAGCAACCACAACAAAAACAAUAACAACAGUAAUGUUUGUGCACGAGGCGCUUCUCUUGAUAAAGCUUUGUGUAAACUGCAGUGCCUCCUCUGCAGCUGAAAGGCAGAGGAGGCACUGCUCACUGUCACGAGUUGAUAUUUGUCUGUCUGUUAUUUUAGUGCUGUCACGUUACAGAUAUAUUGAUGCUGCAAAUGUUGGAUCAUGUAUCAUGAUUUCACAUUUGCCGUUUCCUUCCAGGGCAUGAAGGGAUUUCUCCCCUGGAACUCGGGCAUUUGGUUGUGUAUUUAAUGCAAGAUCCAAGCGUCAAUCCGUAGCAAUGUGCUGAGCAUCGCUGGUUGCUUCUGUUUGAAAGUGCUUCCUUUCUGCAGGGUGCCAAAAAUGUGACAUGGCCUGGAGAAAAGUCGCCAUGUCACAAGUUGAGUAGGAAUCUUUCGACGUCAAUGCCUUUCAAUCAAAGAAUGAGGAAUACUUUUAAAUGGAGGUUAUUUUGUACAUGUUGAGCUCAUCCUCUCUGUGAGCUAAAUACAAAAUGAGAGAGAGACGCUUUUUCAAAACAUUUCAUCCAUUUUAUUGUACUCAAGAUCAGUGAUUGAUGAUGAGAAUGUCUGAAUUUAACUUGCACUGAGAACAACUUGUAAAAAGGGCUAGAUAGUAUUUUGCAAAAAAAGGUCCACAUGAUGGUUACUGUAUAUCUUGUUUUGUAUGUAUGCACUCGGCUCUUAACUCUGAACCUGUAGCGACAAUGAGACUAAAGAUGACACUAUUAAAGAGGCCCUGUUCUGGUUUUUAGGGUUUUCCCUUUCCUGUAGUGUGUUCUAUAGGUGUGUGCACGUUAAUGGUCUGCAAAGGCUAAAAUUGCGGUGAAAAGAGGUGCUGCAGCACAGGCAGUAUGAGAAAAAUAAAGAGCUUUUUAAACAUUAAAGCAUGAAAUACAGACAUGUCACAAAUAAGAAUCUGAAAAGAGCAUAACAGAGCCUCUUUAAUGCCGCUUUAUCUAAAUGAAAACAAAUGGAUCAUCAAUUUACAUUUUGGAAAUAAUUGAAUAUGUUUCAUCACGUAGUCUGUUACAUGUAUGAACUCUGAGCCGGGCAGCUGAUAAUCAUGUUUAGUUAUGACCGGUGAUAUUAGUGAAUGAAUGUGACACACUAACAACUGUAAAAUCUUCUGUUUUUAUUUUGCCAUAUUUCAUACAGUCAUAUUAACAUUGCGCUUGUUUUAAGUUACACAUUGUGUUUAGGUGUUACAUGCAAGUUAUUGUAUUUAAACACAAAUAAUCGAACAAAUUCCAUAUGUUACAUUCUUGUAUUUUUAUACUCACUGUGAAAUCUUGCCAUAUUCAAAAAAACGUAUUAAUGCUCAAACCUGUACAUUUCACAUAAAUAAAGUCACAGUUUCAAUAGCA